AUAUAUGCGGCCGCAAGUCUUUUCUCCUCUUUGUGAAGGAAGAAACAUAUGAAACCUUCAUCAGUUUCAUUGCAACUCUCGUGGUGGUUGUAGACCAUUCAUCAUAAGUGUAACACAAUGUAAUUUUGGGAAUUAAUUUUUUUUUACUGACAACAAAAAGAAUUUUUUUUCCAAAACUGUGAAUGCACCCGGAAAUAUUAUUGAACCUAUAACGUGGAGGAUGUGGUUUGAAAUUCUAUAUGGAUGUGAAAAAACUUAAAUCACAUGGAAUUUCAAUGAGAAUUUAAAUUGAAUUUUUAUUUUAAAUUCUUAUCAUUAUUUAUAUUUUAAUGUAAAAGAAGAAAACAUUAAUCAAAAUGAAAGCCAACGAUGAAAAAAAACCCUUAAUACCAUCUACAUCAACAGCAAUAGGUCAUGAAAGAGUUUCCUACCAUUCAGUUAUAUUUGAUGCUCAUCUGGGGAUAACAUCUCAAACACAAACACCUGAGGCUUCACUGCAAAUGGAACCAAUGCAGGGCUCAACAUUGGGAAAAAUUAAUCCAAAUGAUUCGUCGGAUAAAAUUACUUAUACUUGGAGUGAUGUUAAUGUAUUUGCAGCAACGGAAAAUGAACGUUUUUGGAAGAGAAUACUUUGGAGAAAUUCCCAACGACCUAUUCAACAGAAACAUCUUUUAAAAGAUGUAUGUGGCGCAGCAUAUCCUGGAGAAUUAUUAAUAAUUAUGGGAUCCUCGGGAGCUGGAAAAACAACACUUUUAAAUGCUCUGACAUUUCGAUCAACUCGAGGAGUCACAGUUUCGGGAACAAUGGCAGCUAAUGGACAAAGAGUAUCUGCCAGUGUUUUGACCUCAAGGAUGGCUUAUGUUCAACAAGACGAUCUUUUUGUUGGUACACUUACUGUUCAAGAGCAUUUACUUUUCCAAGCUAUGGUGCGAAUGGACAGGCAUAUUCCUUUUAGACAAAGAGUUAAUAGGGUCAACGAAGUUAUUUCCGAACUCGCUUUGACAAAAUGUAGGAACACAGUGAUAGGAAUACCUGGAAGAUUAAAAGGACUCUCUGGUGGAGAAAUGAAACGACUUUCAUUUGCUUCUGAAGUUUUAACGGAUCCUCCGCUUAUGUUUUGUGACGAGCCAACAUCAGGUCUUGACUCUUUUAUGGCACAUCAGGUUGUGUCUGUUUUAAAAGCUCUGGCUGCACGGGGGAAAACAAUUAUUGCUACACUCCAUCAACCAUCAUCAGAAUUAUUUGCACUUUUUGAUCGAAUUCUUUUAAUGGCAGAGGGUCGAGUUGCUUUUAUGGGAACUUCAGAGCAAGCUAUUGUAUUUUUCAAGUCUUUAGGAACUGGAUGUCCAAGUAAUUACAAUCCUGCGGAUUAUUUUAUACAAAUGUUGGCAAUUGUUCCUGGUCAAGAGAUAUCGUGUCGUCAAUCAAUUAAUUCAAUUUGUGAUAGUUUUCAAAAAAGUGACUUGGGUACAAAAAUUGCCGUUGAAGCUGAAACUACUCACGGUGAAUAUGAAGACGUUAUAAUUGAUUGGAAGAUAGGAUCGUCAAAAAGAUCAUCGCCAUAUAAAGCCACGUGGUGUGAACAAUUUCGAGCUGUUCUCUGGAGAUCGUGGCUUUCUGUCAUCAAAGAGCCAAUACUUAUAAAAGUUCGACUUCUCCAAACAGUGAUGGUCUCACUCUUAAUUGGAGUGAUUUUUUUUGGCCAACGAUUGGAUCAAGACGGAGUAAUGAAUAUUAAUGGAGCAAUUUUCAUUUUUCUUACAAAUAUGACUUUUCAAAAUGUAUUUGCUGUUAUUAGUGUGUUUUGUGCAGAGUUACCGAUUUUUUUGCGAGAACAUCGUAACGGCAUGUACAGAACAGAUAUUUAUUUUCUAUGUAAAACAUUAGCGGAGUGGCCAAUAUUUAUUGUGGUACCAUUAAUAUUUACAUUCAUCGCAUAUCCAAUGGUUAGACUUUAUCCUGGAGUUGAUCAUUUUUUCAUUGCCGCUGGUAUUGUCACUCUAGUAGCAAAUGUUGCCACUUCUUUCGGUUAUCUAAUUUCCUGUGCAAGUACAAGUAUUUCUAUGGCAUUAUCAAUAGGACCACCAGUUAUAAUACCAUUUUUACUUUUUGGAGGAUUCUUUUUAAAUACAGCCUCUGUUCCAGAAUAUUUUAAGUGGUUUUCUUAUUUAUCAUGGUUCCGUUAUGGAAAUGAGGCUCUGCUUAUUAAUCAAUGGAAAGAUGUUGAUUCUAUUGCCUGCACCCGGAGUAAUGCAACUUGCCCAAAAUCUGGUCAUAUGAUUCUUCAAACGUACAAUUUUAAAGAAGAAGAUUUCCUAAUGGUGAUCAUCAAUUUAAUUGCACUCAUAAUUGCAUUUCGAUUUAUUGCCUUUUUGGCACUUCUUUCCAAAACUUAUCAGUUUUUACAAUAUUUUAACUUAGAUGCUCAUCUGGGGAUAACAUCUCAAACACAAACACCGGAGGCUUCACUGCAAAUGGAACCAAUGCAAGGCACAACAUCGGGAAAAUUUAAUCCAAAUUAUUCGUCGGAGAAAAUUAUUUACACUUGGAGUGAUGUUAAUGUAUUUGCAACAACGGAAAAUGAACGUUUUUGGAAGAGAAUGCUUUGGAGAAAUUCCCAACCACCUAUUCAACAGAAACAUAUUUUAAAAAGAUGGCAAGAUGCUCAUCUGGGGAUAACAUCUCAAACACAAACACCGGAGGCUUCACUGCAAAUGGAACCAAUGCAAGGCACAACAUCGGGAAAAUUUAAUCCAAAUUAUUCGUCGGAGAAAAUUAUUUACACUUGGAGUGAUGUUAAUGUAUUUGCAACAACGGAAAAUGAACGUUUUUGGAAGAGAAUGCUUUGGAGAAAUUCCCAACCACCUAUUCAACAGAAACAUAUUUUAAAAAGAUGUCAAGAUUUUAUUGUGAUGUAUAAAAAAAGUGUGAGUGAUUUUAAACUUGACUCUGGUGUGAAAGGUGUAACUUUAUCUUGGCAAAAUCUCAGUGUUUUUGCUUUAGAUCGAAAUCGAACAAUUUGCAAACAAUUAAUUAAUAAUGUUCGGGGCGCAAUUAAAUCUGGCGAGCUCACAGCAAUAUUGGGAGGAAGUGGAGCGGGAAAAAGUUCUUUGAUGACAGCAUUAGCUUUUCGAACACCGCCGGGAGUUAUCGUUCAUGGAGAAAUUAGAGCAAGUGGAAGAAAAGUUAAUUUAUCUUACAUGAGACGCUACAGUGGCUUUAUGCACCAAGAAGAUGUUUUUAUUGGAACGAUGACAGUAUCCGAACAUCUUUGGUUCAUGGCCCGAAUGAAAUUGGAUAGAAAAAUUUCAUCUCGCGAAAUUGAUCAGCGAAUAGAAGGUCUUUUACGAGAAGUUGGACUCAUUUCGAGAUGUAAUAUUCGAAUUGGAAAUGGUGGUGAUGAUAAAGUAUUAUCUGGCGGUGAACGAAAGAGACUUGCAUUUGCAACUGAGCUUUUAACCGAUCCAAAGAUUUUAUUUUUGGAUGAACCAACGACUGGUCUUGACGCACAUUCCGCUAGUUUUCUUAUAUCACAAUUAACAUCAAUUGCUGGAAGAGGAAGAACAGUUCUUUGCACAAUUCAUCAACCUAGUUCAGCAAUUUUUGAUUUAUUUCAAAAAAUAAUUUUAAUUGCCGAUGGUAGAAUUGCAUUUGCCGGAAGCACCGAACAGGCAAUUGAAUUUUUUUCCAGUUUGGGCUACGAAUGUCCGAUUUCAUACAAUCCCGCUGAUUUUUUCGUGACAACUUUGGCAAUUGCACCAAAGGACGAAGAUAGCAGUCAUAGGGCAGCACAAAAAAUUUGCGAUGCAUUUUUAUCAAGCGAUGCUUGUAAGGAGAUUGAUAUAACCGUUCAACUUGAAGUACACGUUGCGGGAACUUUUAACCAAAGAGCUGAAUCGGAGGAGAUUGAUAAUUUCGCACAACCGUAUUGUUGGUCGAGAAUGUUUUGGUUGACUCAUCGAGGAUUUAUACAAGUUUUGCGGGAUCCAUCGAUUCAACUUCUUCGAAUUUUACAAAAAGUGUGUUUGGCAACAUUGGCGGGACUUUGCUUUGUAGGAGCAAUUAAAUUAGAUCAAUUGGGCAUUCAAGCUGUUCAAGGUGUAAUUUUUAUUCUUGUCGCGGAAAAUACCUUUUUUCCCAUGUACUCAACUUUAGCGUUAAUUCCUCAAGAAUUGCCACUUUUUCUCAGGGAAUAUCGUGCUGGAAUGUAUCCGGCUUAUGUUUAUUAUAUUGCUCGAAUGUUAUCAUUGAUUCCAGGAUUAAUUAUUGAGCCAAUAUUAUUUGUUGCGGUUGUUUAUUGGUUGGCUGGCCUUCGACACACCAUGGAAGCUUUUGGUUUUACUUUGCUAGUUUUAAUUUUCACUAUGAAUGUCUCAACUGCUUGUGGAUGUUUUUUUUCAGCCGCCUUUGAAAAUGUUCCUUUGGCUAUGGCUUAUCUUGUACCCUUUGAUUAUCUUUUGAUGGUCACAAUGGGACCAUUCGCGAAACUUGAUUCCUUACCUAUUUAUGUUCAAUGGGUAAAGUAUCUCUCAUGGCUUUUGCAUUCAACGGAGGCUUUAUCAAUCGUUCAAUGGACGAACGUUGGAAAUAUUACAUGUGAGACAACAAAUCCUGAAUUGCCGUGCAUUACAAGUGGUUCAGCAGUACUUGAAAAUUAUGAUUUUAACGAAAAUAAUUUCUGGCACGAUAUUAUUUUAAUGGCUAUAAUUUACAUAAUUUUUCACAUCCUUGGAUAUUUUUUUCUAUGGAGGCGUUGUCGUACAAAAUAAAAAAAAGAAACCUCCAACCAAAGAUAAAGAAAAAUUAUUUAAAAAUUAUUCCACUAAUUGUACAAAAUAAAAAAUGUAAUUUAUAAAGAA